ACGCAAGAACGCCCAAGGGGCGUGUCCCAGAGCGCAUAGCGGAGAGCUGGUGCGCGCUCUUGGUCCACUAUUACGCAUCACUAACUUCUCAUUGUCACCCAUCCAGGAGCAGCGCCAUGCUGUGUUUCUCUUCCAUGUAACAAGACCCACGAGAGCACUCUUUUAAAACACGUUGCCUCCCAAGACCUACCCAGAUUGGAGAAGAUUGUGUAGUCUUGUGCAGUUGCGUGGAGCACCUUGGUCAUGGGCGCGCACCAAUGGAGCUCUGCGCUUCUCGGAUCUGUUCUGUCACUGUGCGGAUGUUUGGCCUUAUUGUGCGGGUUGACGGUGCCCCGAGUGGAGGCCGGCUGCCGAGAGCGGGACAGCCCCAACUGCUGCACCGGCCGGAACAACGACUGCUUCGAGUACACCAGGAGAAAGACGGUAUGCUACUGCGACACCUAUUGUCACAAAACCGGAGACUGCUGCGACGACUACCAGAGUGUGUGCCAAAUUUCUGCAGCCAUUGACUGUGCGGUAGGCUCAUGGGGCCCCUGGUCGUCAUGCACGUCUCCAUGUGGGGUAGGCAGCACCGAAAGGAGCCGCCAAGUGUCUGUCCCGCCUCGAAAUGGGGGAAUGCCUUGCCCGGAUCUCAAACAGCGCCGCGGGUGCUUCGGAAACAACGAAAUAUGCAGUUCGGCGAAAGAGGUUGCAAAGAUCCUUCCGGAUUCCUUCAAGAGGAACUUUAAGGACCCUUGGAGGAGGCCUCACAUGCUGCUGAAAGAGGAGAAGGCCAGCUACUGUGUAUAUAUGAGGUUGAAACAAGCUAGUGCGGCGUGCAAACUUAAACUGUGGAGUGCCCAGCUGGUGAGAGAGAGGCUGGUGUGCGCAGAAUGCCAGAGUGAUGCUAUGUCCAAGUCAGACCGGUGUGGAGGAGACGGCCUUGAAGGCACCAGAACCUUCUGGUCAGCAGCUUCCGCCGUAGGCUGCCACGGGUCGUGGGUGCGAGAGUCGUCGUCCAAAGGCUGCCGAUGUCCCUCCUACUCUGUCCUAUUUGUGUGAGCAGCCAUGUCACCAGCACACGUCCACGUCGAAGGACCACAUUGUCUUCAGCAGCUUCUGCUAAACAGUGCAGAGCCCUGCCAGUCAAGACACCCCCCCUCCAAUCCAGAAUUCCUGGAUGGGUUUACUCAAGGAGAUCAGCCGCAUCCUGCCACUUUUUUUUUAAAUCUUUCACCUCAUACUCUGCACUGUAUUGCUUACUACGCACGCAGCUAAUCUUGCUAAAAUCUUUCAGAUGAUUUUACUGCCACCCUUUCUCCUCAAAAGCACAACAACCUCUGUAUACUGUGUAUUUUUACCUCUCUGCUAUCUACCUCCAUAAAUGCAACUGCGUUUUGAUCAUGCGUCACGUAUAAAUAUGCAAAAUAUAUAUAUCAUUUAGCUUUAUACAUUUUCUACUCUUAAUUGCCACGUGUCGUGUAAUCUAGAGACACGUUUUUUUUUUUUUUUGUAUCGAGAUGUUUUUACACCAAACAGCAGUGACUCCGCUCCGAUUAAGCCCCGAUUGACUGCUUCUUUGCUCAACGUUUUGCUCUCCAUGUCACUACUUUGAAAAAUGUAAAACGAGUGUUCAGCACAGUAUAAAUAAGAGCCUCAAGUAGCAAAGAGGAAGUUAUCGUGACCACAGACCAGCGUCUGUUUUCUGGUCAACAUAAUUAUCAAAAAAAACAAAAACAAACAGACACAAAAAAUUACAACACGAUAUAUAGCGCAACGUCGACAAUGUCUUGGUUUGAAAAGACUCUCCUCCCAGGUGCAAGCUAUAAACAGUCUUCACUGUGUCUUGUCACUGGUCAUCAAGGGUGAGUACACGAUUUAUUGUUUUUAAUGUUUUAUUUUAACAGCUUUUGACUUCUUUGUCCACAAAGAAUGUCAAAAUGUAAAAUGUGCGGCGAGUAGUGAUUAUGCUUAAUCGUUCUCUUUUGAAAAAGAACAAAAGGUUGACAUACAGUGGUGCCUUGCGAUUCGACUUAGGGAACUUAUGGCUUUUUGUAGAAAGAUCAAUGUACAAAAUGAACAUAACAACAUUCACAGGCAUAUGUUUUUUAUCCUCUGUGAAGAAUGACUAAUAUUACUGCAUCUUACUGAGGAACCGAAGACCAUCUCCAUGUUUAGUCUGAACAAAAUAUAAAUUCUGACUAUUUUUGUGGUCAGUCUUUUUGUCUGAGCAAAGGGAGCAAGCAGCACAAUGUCCAUGUCCAACUGAGAUGUGACAAAAACGAUUUAAUUUCCAUUCCGCUUUUUUUUUAAAGUACCGGUACAAUAUUCUAGAUUUAUAUUUUUCUUAUUAAAAAUUCAGUACAAACAUUUGAUUUUUGCUGUUUUCCUUUUAGGAGGCUGAAACAUAUUGAUGGCAUUUCCAGUUCUGAGAUUGCUUGCAGUCCAAAAAAAACCCAGCCUAACUUAUCUCAAGGUGCCACUGUAUGUGGAAAACAACGGUCAAAUUGUAAAGAGAAAACAUUCUAAGGUAACCUGACUAUAAUCAAUACUUAUUUCUGUCAGUCUUUUUCACUGUUGAAGAUGACAACGGUUAUGAUUCCUUUUUCGUUUUAAAAUAGCAGUUAGCAUAAUUUUCCACUCUUGACAGUUAAGAAUGUUAAAAUAUAACUUAAGUAUUCAUGUUGUUGAUGGUGUGGAACCCAAACACUCACAACAGAUGAGCUCUAUUUCCAUGGUUUCCAGUUGGGGGGAAAAAAAAAAUCUAAAUAACAGAACUCAAAAUACAUCGUGUUUGACCAUGGAGGUUCCAUUGUAUUUCUGUUCACCCAAAAGCGAAAAAUAAAAAGUAAAAAAAAGAGGUACGGGUAGAGAUUUCUCAGGUGCUUUGGUUUUGUCUCCAAUUUGUCUCUUCUAAUGAUCCGUCAUUACGGUCUCAAAUGGCAAAAAUCAAUCCAACAGCUCUUUCAAUUGAAUAUUGGGUGGGUGAGGGGCAUUCAAAAAAAUUGAAUUAUUCUCAAGGAAUUGCUGGUUUUCACCUCCCUCCCUCCCUCUCGCCCCCUCCUUAUAUUAGCUUGGUGGGAGUUUCAUCAGUUAGUAUCACUAAAGUAAAGCUACGUUUACACUCUGUUAUCGACGGCCGCACCUGCCCUAUUUACCUUAGUAGGCCAGACUGCUUGGGAGCACUUUUCUGGCCUCAGUAAAGCCAUAUGAAGCUUCUCUGCUGGGCUCAAGAGUCGGCAUCAGCGCGGGGGGGGGGGGGGGGGGGGGGGAUGUUGUGUUUUCUGUUAGUAACUACUUUUCACAAAUCCAUCAUUUUUGUACGACCAAAAUGUGAACAAGAGUCGUUCAUUGACAUACAGAUGGCGCGGUCUCUCCGGCUAGCUAGCUAGCUAGCUACCUCUCUCUCUGUCACACAAACACUCAUUCAACAUUAACUGUGAAAAACAGGUAAUGCCAAGGCUGCUUUUGUCCUUUAAUUACACACAUGGCAAGAGAAGAGUUGUAGCUGGCAAGUGUAAGAUGACAGGGGAUAAACCUUCCUGUACGGACAGACAGCCUGGAAAUUGGGUGAUCCCUGUGAUGAACCGUCAGGUUUAUUUGCUCCCCCUCGUUUUAGAAAUUAUGUUACCUCAUUCACUGACACCGGGUCACCACACCUGCAUGUUUGGCCCUCCGGUCCGCCCGCGUUUUCUUAUAACUGCGACAUUCUUUUCACGAUGGCUUGAAAAGGGGCUGUUAGAAACAAAGUGUAAACGUAGCAGAACCAUCCAGGCCUCCUUCUUUUUUCUACUUUUUAGUGAUUAACAAGACAUAAAGGUCAAAGAGCACUUCUCCUGUGCUCGUGGGGUUUUGUGUGUGCGUGUGUCCGUGUGUGUUUUCUUUUCCUCGGAAGAAAUAGCAGAUUAACAUAACAUUCCUGACUUGAACAACACAGGUCAUUCAAGCGCAUGAAUUCCAAAUACCACGCAAACACACUCGCGCACCCCCCAAGUACCAGAAUGUUCCUUAAAGUGGAAAGCUGUGAUUUCGCCAUAUAUCUGUGUAUUUCUUUAUUUAUAUAAAACGUUUGACUUUGUUGGCACAGCGCAGCAUCCUUUGUACACUGUCCAUUAGUGAAAAUAAACAACUAUUACUGUUAUA